CGUAAAGGUGCACCGCCGAGACGGUGAGCGCGGAUGCAGCCAUCAUCCUCAUCAUUGGUGAUUCACCAUUCGUGCUCCUCAAUUGAGGGCGAGGCUUUUUCAAGGCUCCCAUUGACACCACGAAUGUCGAAAUAUCGCCUGUCCACGCGCCCACUACCCAUCAAAGCCUGGCGCUCUUAGUACCGCAAGGCGUCCACCACCAUGUCCACUACAGAGGCAGACGGCUCGCGUGUAGCCGGAAACGGCGGGCUAGACAGCACCCUGGGUGUUCAGGACAAGCGUUCUGCACAUGCUGCACAGCCAGUAGUGACAAGCUCGUCGGGCACAGAGGAGGAUGAUGAGGAUCCUUUCGUCUACCAAUCUUCCGGAUCUCAUGCAGAUGACGGCGCCUACGACAUCCCUGACGCCCCUUUGGAGCCAGAGGGCAGUUCAGCCGAUACCGCUGGGGCGGAAUCCGCACCUGGUGCUGAUGAGCGACCCCCUGCUACACCAGACAAACCUAUACCUGCCCCACCGCAUGCUGCCAACAGAGCCAAGCAGAUACCUCACCACACUCAAAGCGCUUCUCGAGACGCAUUGGACGAUGGAGAGAAUUCGGCGUCGAUGUGGGGCGGCAAGCCUCACGUCGAAUCUCAGAGUCGGCCACAAGAACGAGCGCACGCGAAUCACGAUGCACCGAGCGACUCGUAUGAUGCACCUGCCAACAAAGCGCCAGACGAUGGGGAUGCAUCACUUAGCGCCUCGACUGUAGCUCCCGUCAAGAGCGGGCUGCCAAGUUGGGAUGAGGCGCCAAGCUCGAGCAGUAAGAAAGGCACACAAGCAGAGCCCCAUGCCACACUACCUCCUGGAUCUCAUGGUCACGUUCACGUGACAGAUGCUCUCAAGUCAUCAGAUGGAGGCCCAUCCACCUUCAUAGUCUACGUCAUCUCGCUCCCGGCGCUCGGCAUCUCUGCCAAGCGUCGGUAUUCCGAAUUCGAAGCUUUCAGGGCGGCCUUGGUUGCGCUUCAUCCUACUCGCAUCGUGCCACCCCUUCCCCCCAAGCACAGUCUGGGUGACUAUGCUGCUAAGCAGGGCAAGGCAAAGGAGGAUGCAACGAUCAUUGCCAGGAGGAGACGCAUGCUUGGGAGCUUCCUCAUGAGAUGUGCAAAGGAUCCAGUGAUUGGCAAAGACGAAGUACUGCGACGCUUUUGCGAUGGGCGCGAGAGUUGGCAUGAGAUCAGCACUACGCCACCCGUGGCCAUCCUUCCAAAGUCUAACCUGCGAGCGCCAGUGCGAGACCCAGCAGAUCCGAACGCCUCAUCCGCCUACGCAGCAUUGCCCAUUCCAUCCGCUGCAACGCCUUUGAGGAAUCCGAACGGGCGAUUUGCAGACUCGGAAGCGUUUACCAAUCGCUGGGCUGCGCAUGUGGGCGGAAGCCUGGAGAGAUCAAACAGGAGGGUUGCGAGGAGAUGGCAAGAAUCAUCCUCGGACUACGCGGAGCUCGGUGCUGUUCUCAAUGGAUUUAGCUUGGGAGAAUCUGGCGACUUGGCAGUUGCGAUCGAGCGGACUGGGCAAGCUGCAGAUGGGACCUUCAUGAGCAUUGGAGAGAUGCUACAAGAGUGGGAGUCGACCUUCACAGAGCCCCUGUCGGAGUACGCCCAGUAUGGCGUGAUCCUGCAGAAAUUGCUGAAGUGGAGACAUCUCAAGCAUCUCCAAUUCGAGCUGGCUGAAGAGGCUGUGGAGAGCAAGCGUCAGCAGCUCGAUGACUUGGAGCGCGUCGAAGCUCACUCGACCAGAGUCACGGCGGCUCUGGAUGCUGGGAACCGGAAUGUGUGGGAUGAGGGUUCUCUUGGGCCGAACUCGACCGCUGCACCCGUCCAGAGUCGCGCAGGAGUGUGGGACAGCGUCAAUGCAAAGAGCAUGAGGAAGAGCGUGUUUGGCGCUGCUGCUGAGGAGGACGAAGAAGCGGCGCCUCGGACAGACGCCAACCACGCGAACAGUAAUGCUCAUGGCGAUGCUGACGAGUGGGUAGACGGCGCAGCUCCUAGCCAGCCGGGGUCCAGCUUGAGCGGCGCAUCUACGCGUAGCGACCCGACGGCGCACAGCACAGCUGGGAAAGCUGCUGCUGCGGGGGCUCCAUCUGCCAAGACGGCGAUGAGCAAUCCGGCUGCUGUGCGAGCAGCUGCGCCUCCGCGGCGCACCGGUGGCUUCUUGGGCGCGUUGAGUCACACGCUCAACAGCGUUUUAGAUGUGGAUCCAGAGUCCACGCGGAGGAGCAACAUUUCGAAGCUGAGAUCGAGCAUCGCAGAACUGGACGAGGCCUUGUCUUUGACGGCAGACGAUCUCAGAUUCGCCACUAGCGCCAUUCAACAAAGCCUGGAUGGGUUUCAGCGGGACAAGGUGAACGACUUGAGAAGAAUGUUUAUCAGCUACGCCAAGUUCCAUCGGGAAUUUUGCAGAGUUAAUCGUCAGAAUUGGGAAGAGGCCAAGAAACAGAUCGACAGCGUUCAAGCAGAAAGCGCAAUGCCAGAGGCGAAUCUUGUCAAAGCGCACGACCGGUCGUGAACCUUUAUUGGGUCACACUGGGCCAUCCACGUCGCGUUGAGACUCCAGGUCGAGGUGACCAGCAAGCAUCAUCUGAUCGUCAUGUAGCCCACACCACGUCUAGUAUCGUAUCCCAGCAUCUCAAAAGGAUAUAGCACGCUCUGCGAGACGCUAGGUCGGCCAGGUUGAUGGUAGCAAGCAUUUUCACAAUUGAUUACAACAUCGCAAGGCGAAUAGUGAUACAGUAUUAGG